AAUGCUUCCAAGUGUUGUUGGGAAGCAUGGAGUUGGACAAAAAGGAGGAAGAAGGGGUGUGUUAGAAUCACCGACUGCUUUUCAGGACUCCAGCAACGACCAGCCAGCCAGUGUCUGGUGAACGCGCAUGUGUGCGUCCAUGCGCGCGCGCGUGCGUGCGUGUGUGUGUGUGGACCAGCAGGCAACACACACUUAACAUUCGUUCGCAACAUGGCGUUGAAGCGCCGAGAGACACGACGGCUCUCCCCCGACUAAUGCAUCCUCAUUGUCAGGAAAGCCGGGGACUGUUAACCAAAGAGACCUAAACAUUCACAGAGACUCCUUUACGCGCCGGCAGACAGAAUAGCGGAUUCCAACAUAUGCAUGUCGCUAUAACGGUAUAGCUGGUUGUAUAGACGUACGGUGCUACCCCACUGGUGGAAAUCAAAGGCUGUACAUGGCGGUGGAGAGUACAAUUUGGCUGUUCUGUCUUCUUUCGCUGUUUUGUGGUCCAUCCAAGCAAGAAAGGCCUGUUUCGCUGGAGCUGAGCUGUGGGGCUGGUCCGAGCCAUGUAGUGUUGGAGCCAGAUUUGCCCCUCUUGCUGGAAUGUAACCUCGGUGUCAGCGAUGCACCUUUCAAUGUCACCUGGCUUCAGGAUGGCCAUCCUCUGCCUCUCGGUGACUUCCUGCAGAAUUUGGCCAACGGAUCCCUCCUCCUGCUGCCCACCUUUAAGGAUGGCCAACCUCCCCAGGGAAUGGAGGGGGGCUACAGCUGUGUGAGUGCCAGUGCCCUUGGAGCCCUGACCAGUCGGACUAUAAAUGUUCUCCUAGCAAGUCUGUCAAAGUUCCAUCAGGAGCCAUCACCACAAACAGUGCUCGCUGGGGGAGCUGCCCGCUUCGAGUGCCAGAUUGAGGGAGUACCCACACCUGUUAUUACCUGGGAAAAGGACAAAGUGGCUGUACCUGAGGAGACAAGCAGGUUCAUUUCCCUUCCUAACGGGGUGCUCCAGAUUCUGGAGGUGACCAAGGAGGAUGAGGGUGCCUACCGCUGUGUUGCAUCCAACUCUGCCAGGAAGGACAUCAGUCAUGAGGCCAGGCUCACUGUCACCACAGGUUCUACUGAAGCUCUGAACAGAGUUGCGAUUGUUGCACCACCUCAGAAUGCAACAGUCGUGCUCGGCCGUCCCGCUGUGAUGGAGUGCAUGGCACAAGGCCAGCCGAAGCCACUGGUGUCCUGGAGCAGACAAGACGGAAAGCCCAUUUCCACAGAUGUGGUUGUCCUCGCCACAAACCUGGUGAUUAGGGACACGAGGCGUCACCAUGCCGGCGUCUAUGUCUGCCGGGCCAACAAGCCCAAGACCAGAGAAUUUGUCAUUGCUGCUGCUGAGCUGCGUGUGCCUGCCCCUCCAGUGAUUCUCCAGCCCCCAGAGACAGCGUCUCUCUCCCGGGGGAACACAGCCAGGUUUGUGUGCAACAGCUCAGGGGAGCCACCUCCAGUGUUGCUCUGGCUGAAGAACGGCCUGCCCAUCAAGUCUUUCAGACGGGUGAAGACCCAAAGCCCUGGAGUCCUGCUCAUCAACCAGCUGGCCCUGGAGGAUGCGGGCUAUUACCAGUGCAUAGCAGACAAUGGACUGGGCACGGCCUGUGCCACUGCCAAGCUGACGGUCAUUGUGAGGGAAGGUCUGCCCAGCUCUCCUCGCCACCUGUCUGCCACGCCCUACACCAGCACAACUGCCCUGCUUACCUGGGAGAAACCUGAGUACAACUCUGACCAAAUCAUCGGCUACUCUGUGCACUGCCAACGCGCCGCAGGCUUAGAUAAUGUGGAGUACCAAUUUGCAAUGAACAACGACACCACAGAGUAUCAUGUCAAAGAGCUUCUGCCCCAUACUGCCUACACAUUCUUUGUGGUGGCUUACUCUCCCAUGGGUGCCAGUCGCCCAUCCCUGCCUGUCACUGUAGAGAUGCUGGAGGACGUGCCGAGUGCACCUCCUCAGCUGUCUAUAGCCAGCACCUCUCCCACAGACAUCAGGCUGAUGUGGCACCCAUUGUCCUCGCAGCACAGUCGAGGAGCUGUUACCCGCUACCGCAUUGACUACAGCACCCUGGAUCAGGUGGACACUGUGUUCUCAGUGGAAGUGGGGGGUAAUGAGACUCAGUUCACACUAAGAGAGCUGCAGCCCAACCACGCGUACCGACUGAGGAUAGCAGCUGGAACAGGCGUUGGCUUUGGGGUUCCCUCUGAGUGGGCCCAGCACCAAACAUUAGCCCACUACAAUCACAGCAACCACAGCAUGGUGAUCUUUGCCCCUACUGAGCUGAAGGUCAGAGCCAGAGUGAACACACUCAAUGUGACAUGGCAUCUCUCACCCAAUCACACACUGGUGUCUGGCUACAAGCUGUCCUGUCGAGAGGUGGAGGCUGAUGAAUCAGCCACUGGAGAAAGGACAACGCAUACCCACAUCAUCAGGCUCCGUAAGAAGGCCAGGUAUCAUCUCCUCACUGGGCUGGCGCCUGACCGGCAGUAUGAGGUGAGGGUUUGGGCUUUCAACAAGCAGGUAGAUGGAGCGGCUGCUGUGUGGAAGGGAAGGACAGACAAGGCCCAUGACAAAACAUCAGCACUGCCCAUGCGACCCCCUCCAUUGCCCCCAAGCAGCAUCCAAGCCACAGCCAACAGCUCCACCUCCAUCUGGCUUCGCUGGGAGAAACCACGGUUCAGCAAUGUGCGCAUCAUCAACUACACAGUGCGCUGCAGCCCAGCGGGAACCACCAACGCCUCCCUGGUCUCUUAUCACACUAGCUCUUCUCAGGAGAUACUGCUCGGGGCGUUGAAGCCCUUCACCCGUUAUGAGCUGGCAGUGCAGUCUAAUGGAGUGGACGUGGUGGGACCCUUCAGUGGCACAGUGGAGGAGUCUACUCUGUCCGACCGGCCCUCCACACCUCCGGAGGAGCUGCAGCUGAGCACACCGGACUCCUCCUCUGUGCUGGUGAGCUGGCGCCCUCCGCUGGAGCCUAACGGUAUCAUCAUCAGCUACAGGAUCUUGUACAGCGGCAACCUCAGCCAGCCUGAGCACUUGUGGGAAAACCUGUCACGGGAUGGGAGCAUUACCAGUGUGGAGGUCCAGGGUUUGUCGAGUGGCACCCGUUACUUUUUUAAGUUGGGAGCUUCUACUGAGGUGGGGCCAGGGCCUUAUUCACCUGUAAAGGAUGUUCACACCCCUCUAGAGAAAUAUGAACUGAAGAUCCAUGCAGUGAUAGGCAUCAUAGUCGGUGUGUGUCUGGGACUGAUAUGCAUCCUCCUCUGCAUGUGCUUCAGCUUUCGUAAUAGCAAAUCCAGGGAGAUGUCAGGUGGCCUGGACUCCACAGCUGUGACCCCUCAGUUCAGGAGAGGAGGCAGCCCCCUUCCCUCGAACCUGCCGGAGUGCAGCGAUAGCCAUGAGCUGGAGACACUGAUGCCCCCAGGCAGCCAAGAGCCUGGUCAGCCACUAGAAGAGGCCCCAGAGGAACAGAGCCUGAUGUCAAGUGUUAAUCCAGAGGAAGAGGAGGAUGCCCCUGCACCUGAACCCAAGGCAGCUUGGAAUGGCUCUGUGAGUCAUAACUGGGCCAACAGAAUCACUAGAUACAGAGACACCAUAACAGAAGACUCUCCGACACUCAUUAAUGGAGCUCUCAACAUGCUAAUUACUGAUAACGGCACGGACUUAAAUCGUCUGUGUACAUCCAUGUGCAGUAACCGGGUGGAGGCAGAAGUCAUCGUUCACUCAGAGCUGGCAGAUCCAGGGACAGAGAAAGAGGAGAAGGGCAGCGUAAAGGAUACUAACACCACCAGGGGACCCUCAUUAUCAGAGGAGAGAUAUUCCCCUUUGAGCCAGCCAACCCCACCAGGAGAGGAGGAUAAUCUAGAAAAACUGGCCCAAAGCCCCUCAAAUCUUCUCUCGAUAAAGUUGGUGGCCAAUCACAACGGGGAGCUAAAAGGCACUGGAGACCAGCCAAACAAAGACUUAGAGCCACAGCAGGACAUGGGGCUAACCAAUGGCUUCCACUCCCCAAAGACCAUGCAGUCUGUACUGAGGGCGGAGCAUCUGGAAAAUGGGGACUCCAGACACUGCCCUUCGGCACCAGGGAAAACUAUCUCUGCCGGGCUGUCCCCUGCCCCCUUUGUCAGCUCCGGCUUUGUCCACUCUACCUCAGCAGCACACAGUUAUCUGUGCCCGUAGCCUCUGCACGUCGGGCAACGACCCUUACACACACAUACAGUACAGACUGAUCUUCUUUCUUUUACGUACCCAGGAAGAAUCCCUAAAUAUUAUUUUUAUGCACCUCAUAAUCGGAUUCCUUUCUCUUCCUUGCAAAGUUUUUAUAAGUACUUUGAAUCCAUUGUUUCAUACGUGUGUAUAUACAGUAAAUAUAUACAGUAUAUUUUUAGUGGUAGAGUACUGUAUAUGGGUAUGCAUUCUCUGGCAUUGGUACAAUAUUUUCCUCUGGGUUUCCCUCCCAAUGGUUGGAAAGAAAAGAAAGAUUUAACUAACCAAGCAGAUGGAAGUGGACUGAAGGAGGCUAUUCCCACUGUGUCGUACAUGGCUCUGUUCCACUCAGGAAUGAGAAAGCAUGGGAUGUUCCGUGAGUGAGAUGGGCUGUCAUCCUGGAUGUUUGGUUCGGAAGCGCAGUCCCAAUGGGUCUCUCUGGGCUUUGUCUGGUGGAUGCUACUUUACUGUGGCACUGAGGAAUAAGCCUUAAAGAGUAUCUGCACACUCUGAGAAUGCAGAACACCUGUAUCUCUCUCCUGCCUCCUGCUGUCUCAGGGUCCACACAAACACACACACACAGAAAGCUAUAAUAUAACUGAUUCCAAUGGUAUCUCACACAAACUCACAGUCACCCAUGAACACACAUUUACGCACACACAUUUCAUUUCCUGACUGGAGUGUGGAGGUCUCAGGUGCCUAAUUAUCGUAGGUGAAUUUAUAAUCUGUAUAUUUCUAUAUAGGAUUAUAUUCAGUACAAAUACAAAACACAUCUCAAUAUGAAGACAAAAACACUUAAAUUGUAAAAACAUGUGAGUAUACAGAUUUGGUACACGUGAAGAAUUCUUUUCUGAAAUGCCAUAUAUCCGGGUGUGAUUUUGUAAAGCAGGGACACUCAGAUGAAAAGUAAAAGGUGGUUUUGCUGUCAGAUGGUGGAGAUCUCAUUUUGGAAUCAAAGUAUUUUAAAGUUCAUGUUGGUAUUGGUGUAAUUAUGUUGGUGGGAGAACUAGAGGAGAUGUCACAACAACACAUCUGUCUGAUCACUCUUCUGGUUUGGCUUCCAAUUAGGGAUGUACCGAUGCAAUUCUGUGCCAUUAGCUGUCAUUUUUAACUCUGUAUAGUCAGUUGUAUGUGAAGUGCUUGCCAUGUUUUUAAUUCCAGGGAAAUUCAACUUGACUCGACAAGCCCAUCUGAUUCCAGCUGUAUGAGAACAUUUCCACAAUGCUCUACUCUGCUACAGUACCAUAAAUUAACAAAAGCUGACUUGAAAUGUCUGCAUUUAUCAGAUAGGAAAGGAGUUUGAUGAGAAAUAAAUAAAUAAAUGUGCUCUAUUUCUUUUACAUUGAUCCCAAACAGUUCAAUAUAUUCCUUUAAGUAUUCAAUCAGCUUGCUUUCCAUAAUUGACCCAUAUGUGAAGCUGUGUGAGUCAGUGUUGAUUUUGCCAGUGUAAAAUUGGAACUGGCGCAUCUCUACUCCUUACCGACAACACUACCUCAUUUCUUUUCAGGAUGGCUUCCAGUGUGGUUUCAUUCGUUUUUUGUAUAUUACCUUUUUAAGAUCACUUUCUUAACUUGUCUGACUUAUCCGCCUUUGCUAUUUACAGAAAUUAUUGUCCGACACUGUGACUGUAUGUUCUUGUGUUUUGUCAAAGGAAUUAUAUCACUUUAGUGCACUGCAGCUUCUUCUCGGAUGUCUGAAAGAUUGUGUCACUCAGUAUUAGGUUACUGUUUUCUACAGCUCCACAGAAAACAUAAACACCCAGUGUCUUUGAUAUAAAGCACCUAAAACAAGGUCCAGCUAUGAUGUAAAAUGUAAAACCAAAAAUUAAUCACAUUCAAAGGAAACAAUAAAAAAAUAAAAUAAAAACUGUAAAUGCCUGGUCAUACCAGCAUUUAAAACAGUGAUUCCAUUGGAAUGAAUCAAAAUUGCAGUGAUCAGAGGAGGCAAAAUUAAGCUGUGGUAAUAUAGAGUUAAAUUUCUGUGAACUUUGACAUGAGAAUUUGCAACAUUGACCAUUAGCAAGCCGUCUUUGCUAACCUUAGACGGGAUGGAGAGUCGUAGUCCAAAAUGGAGAAGGCCAUUUUAGCUCAUUAGCUAUUUUUGGUGGAAGAAAACAGAACAGUAAUAGUAGUAGUAGUAGUAGUAGCAGUUGUGAAUGGUUGGCACUACUCAGCUAGCCAGCUACAGCAAUUCACCAACCAAGCAUGGAUUUAUAGAAAGACCUGGAUAUGAAGUAGCCGCUCAUCUUGGCUUCCAGUUUUGCCUGGUGUCCACUUGCAGCCCAAAAAGCAUUUUCCCCAUAGACCACCAUUAUAAGAGACAUUUGUAAAACUGUUGACAGGACACCUAGAACUGCAAACAAGGUCAAUUAUGACUCUUUUCAUUAUAAAGUUUUGAUUGGAGAUAUUAGUUAAACUACUGCUGUGCGACAUCCUCAGUGGGUCAUAUACCCCCCAGAAGUAAACCUGGAAGCUGGAAACUUUUUUGGCCUAUGUGUCAAGCAAGCAAUUCUUAUUGGACUGUAGAGGCACCAUCUUUGGGUUAAGUAUCCAUGUCUUAUUAGACAACUUGCAAGCUGGUUCCAUUAGGUACUUCACAUCAAAGAGACUAUUUUAAGGAUGCUGAUACUUAAACUGUUUUAACUCAGAAAGGGUGAGGGUUACUCUGUAGGAGUGCAAUAUAAGAUGAUUAAUGAUAUGUUAUACAUAGAUUCUAAGAAAAUUGAAAGUUUGCCAAGGUGUGAUCAGUUAAUAAUAUUAAUAAUAGUAACGAUAUCCACGUCAAAGAAUGACAGAAUUUUGCCCUUUUGUACAUGAUGUCUCAUCUUCUCUCAGGGGGCUUUCUUCUAGUCAUCCAAACGAUUGUAUCCUGCCCAUGUUUCUAUCCAUGUCCAUUUAAGUGUCAUCUCAUCAACUUAACUCAAUCACAUCAGCAACAAAAAUGUAAAUGGUUCCUCAUGACAUAUAUGAAACACCCUGAACAUAUUUCCCACCAACAUAAUUGUGUUUUCUUUAAAACUAAGUAUUGUUCUUGAUUUUCUGAACAAAAUGUAUGGUUGGUACCUCAAAGAGACUUAUUUUUUAUUAGCAUUGCCAUGUAUGUACUUAACAUCACAACUAGAUUGUUGUUUUUACUGCAGUAGCAGUCAUAUAGGGACAGAUGUGAAUGUGUUCUUAGCGAACCUGGGUCAAACAUUAAUUAGAAGGUAUUAUGGGGGUAAAUGCGUGGGGUUUGCCACAUCAGGAGAAAUCAGAUUUACACAUUGUCAGUUACAGAAAUGUUUAUGAAAUACCUUCUUAUCAGACUUCAAAAAAUGUAUGGCAUUCACUAUACUGUGCUAUUUGGCAAAACACACUUAAAUGGUACAUAAAGAGCAAUUCCACAGCAAGCUCACUGGUGGGAGGAAACUGCUGCUGCAUCACUCAGCCUCAGGCCUCAGGCCUGUUUUGCAUGUGGUUACACUCCAAUUAGUGAUGUCAGAGCAGGUUUCCAUCAGCUGUUAAAAGUAAACACCUGCUGGGACAUCAUUGAUUUGGGUGACAAUUUAAAUGUAUAGAGAGCAGUGCAGACACAGCUUUCUGUCCUGUGGUUUGAGGACUAUUUGUCAUUGAAAUGCAGUCAGCUGACGUUAACCACCAAAACUAAUGUGUGUAUAUUUAUGACCCGGGUUCUUUAUUGAAACUGUUUUAUCUUGAUACUGAUUCUCAUCAUCUUCAAAAGCCUGUAUGUCCUGUGUCCAGAGAGAAGCAUAAUAGUCUCAAAAGCAUUCCAGUUUGAUAUUUUAAACAUACCUCUCUCAGUCAACGGCAGCCAUGAUUAGCCAUGCUACCUUAAGAAGAGACGUGUUAAAAUCCCUGUGUUGCUGCUGCUCUGAUAGUUUUCAUCCAGACCUGGGUUCAGUUCUUCCAUUCACUACACCAUACGCACAUAUUGAGGCCUAAGCUGCAGUAUUUGCAGCUUACAGCCAAGUGGAUGGAGGUCACUGAAUCAGGGCCAUAAGUUGACAAAAAGGUGACAAAAAUGAAAUUGCCUUUUAGACAUUUCAUUUGAAUAUUGAGAUUAUUUGAGUAUAAAAUUUGCAAAGUUUUCCCUCACUUAACAUGGCCAAUUUAAUAAGAAAAUAAUACACAAGAUUUUUAUUUUGUCUGUAUAUUUCUAUAGACUGUAAAGCAACUGUGGAAAGUGAAAACAUCUCUAUGGUCACUGCAGACAGACCAAUCAAGUAGACAAACAUAAAGUACAAAUUAUUUGCUGCCCAGUAACAGAGAAAGUAAAUGAUCUACACCACUGCACUAAUUUGUUCUAAUGGAAAUGAAUUGAUUUGUGCCAGUGAGUUGCAGUUUUGGGAUAUUAUUCAAUUCAUCAAAGACACUAUCACAUCAGCGAUGCAGGAGUUAGAUUUUAUGAUAAUGUAGCUGCCAAACUCUUUUUUGGACACUGAAAUUGUACAAUGUAAAUUACUCUUUCCCCAAAAAAUAUUUUGACCCAUGCUGUUUUGCCUGUGUUUAAAGUCUCAAUGCAGUAGUGGAUUAUUGUGGCCUGUGGAACCAACACAGAGGAUCUGAAAUGGAGAUUAGCAUAAAACCUGCAUGCAGCAUAAAGGAUAUAUGCUCUCCUUAUAGAAGCUCUAUUAACUCUUUUAACUACUAUCUUUGAAAUACAUGUACAUGCAUUCUUUUGUUUGUCUUUUUGUUGGGUAAAACAAUCAGAUCUGGAAAAUAUCUCAUUUUGUAGAGAUGAUAUAUACUUAUUAUUUUGUUCAUUUCAACCUCCUUAAUAAGUUUUUUUUAAACAGCAUACCUCAUGUUGGUAACUCAUUGAUUUAAUUCUAAUCAGUUUCUUGCUACUGCACAUUUUGAAAGGAGUAGAACAUAUAUACGUAUAUGUAAGCAUCCUGUUGUUUCGUGAAUUUUUCCAUAGUGGACAGGAUUGACUGUUUCUUUUUACCUCAGUGAGUUUUUGCUCAUUACAGUGACCUGGAUUGUUUAGUCUCUUGGUGGAGGGGUCAGUGGAAGUAAUCUAAAUUAACUUUUACAUUGUUAUUCUGCAAUAGUAGUUAUGACCAAGUUUGGUAUCACUCAGAAGGUACCCCUGCUUCAAACAAAAAUCAUAGGAGAAACAGCAAAAAUGUUUCUGCUAUUGCUUAAUAACAGAGUCACAUUUUGAUAGAAUACCACUUUAACACAACCUAGAAGUACUAAGAAGGGAGUAGGGCUAAAAGGACAUCCUCCCCACACAGGUCAUACCUCUCAGUGCAGACAGCCAUUUCAAAAUUGUCUCUUCUCUACUCAGGUGCCCCAUUUUUGCAUGAAAUUGUAGAGGAUCAUGCCAGCAUAUACGACUCAGAUACAUGUCACUUGUUGUCAAAAAUAGCCUCAUUUUGUCCUUUGGGAAAGUAAAUCAAGGAAAACUCUUAUGCAUAAAUUAUACUUUGUUUUGUACAAAUCACUCAGUGUAUUUUCUGUCUCUCUGGCUGUUCUCAGUAGAUUCUGGUGCUUUGUGGUGAGCUGCUUCGUCCAGUGAUGUCACAUAAUUGUGCAUUUUUUGUACAUCUUCGAUAGUUUUGUGUGGACCAGCUCAGUUGUGCUUCUCAGAAUGUACAAGCACAGACUCAGAAUCUGUGGUCAUGUGCCACCAGCGACGCUCUGCAGCUACUCAGACACCUUUGAAAUCAUAAUGUCUCAAACAAGACCUCAUCCGUGUCAAAAGAUGCUACUGUAGGAGCUAAUUGUAGGAGCACUUAAUAGAUAAGCACUUAUUCUUGGGCCAUGAGCAACUGUGGACUGUCAUCUUUACAUCUCUAGAAGUGCAAUUUUCUUAGUCUGUAAAAUGGCAGAUGGAUUACUCAGUGUUAGUCAUGGCGACCGUAGCCAUGAUUUGUGAUAGAAACAUUGCUUGUUCAGAGGAACUGUCACAGGAUGGUUUGUAGAAUUAUUUCCACUGUGUUACAAUAUGUGAAAAUGUCAAAACUUACAGCAACUCUCAAACCACUCUUCUGUAAAUAAACAUUGAAAAAAGUA